CCGAGACAGUGCAGAAGCAGCUCGCCAUACUUGCACACGGCUUCGUGGCUGAAUGCGGAGAACCUGCGCGGUGGCAUCGUUGAAGAGGGUUGCAGCGGACGUGGUGGACAUUCCAACCAAGAUUGGGGCGAUGCAAGAAGCUUCGUCAUUUGUCGUGUUGACCAUACUAAUCACAAGCCAUUCAAGGGUUGAAUGCGGCUUGUGCCGGUCGUCAAGUGCAUGUAAACGCGUAGUAUAGUGCACCCAAGACCAUCCAUAAUUGCCACGUGCAUGGUAUAUUCCGAUCGUGCUCCAUUCGCCCACCGAUACGAUCCAUCGAUCGCUGUCACCUCCCCACUGACUGCAACGUGUAGCGCUCGAGUGCAAGAAUAGGCCAGACCAAGCCAUUGAAACAACCAAUUCGUUGGCCUUUCUGCUCGACGGGCAAGCUCGGGCCGCCACGAUGGCACCGCUUCCAUCCGCGCGCUCUGAUUGGCUGAAAUCAGAUCUUACACAGCCAUGUUGGCGCGCCAUGCUGCCACGUCCAAACUUAGCUUCGCGCUGUGUGCCUCUACGAUUGGCAUUCGCCAUUCGACGUGGUCACUGCACGCGACGUCCCUACCCGCGUACUCACUUGCAUCCAUGCAGCUCUCAACGAUCCUCUUGUGGUUUUUACCGGUGACGCUCGGGCACCUCUGCGUCGUGCCCCCGUAUUCGUACACGUCCAAUUCAGACCCGGCGCUCGCAACCGCGCUGGGAGUGCUCCAGCAAAGCCCGAUUGGCACGUGGGUCAAUGACAAUGGUCACAACCCGGUGCCCGACGUCCUCGCAAAGUGCGACAAUGGGGCUGUCCCCAUCUUUAUCAUUUACGGUCUCCCGAACAAGGACUGCGCGGCGGGCUACUCGGGCGGCGGCAACAACAAAAACACUGAAGAGUACGCGUCUUGGCUUCAAACGAUCGUGUCGACGGUCGGGUCCCGCGAGGUCAUUUACAUUGUCGAACCCGACGCGCUCGGGCUCCUCUCGCAGCAAGGGUGCGCCGUCAACCUCGCAUACGAAGCCAACUUGAAGACUGCCGUGGAAGUCCUGAGUCAAAACACCAACGCACACAUUUACGUCGACGUCGCGGGUUGGGCCACCGAGUCGGUUGCUAUCUCGGUGCUCCAGGCACUCAAAACAGCCGGUCGCCUCGCAGGCAUCUCGAUCAACACGUCCAACUACCAGUCCAACGACGCUAUGCUGCGUGUCUGCAGCACGUACUCGAGCGCGACAGGUGGUCUCCACUGCGUCAUUGAUACGUCCCGCAACUACCGCGGGUCGCCGCAGAACGAGUGGUGCAAUGCUAAGUCGGCCGGUAUCGGCGCGCCGCCAACCGAAACGACCAAUCAUGAGCUCGUCGACUAUUACCUCUGGCUCAAGGUACCUGGUGAGAGCGACGGACAGUGCACGGACAGCGGGCGCUCUUCAGAUGCGAUGGCGGGCCCCGGCGCCGGUCAGUUUUUUACUCAAGUGUUUACGUCGCUUUGGAACAAUGGCUACUACGUCGCGCAAGGCGCCGCACCGAUCGGUGGCGCGCCGCCCCCGUCCACUGCAGCCCCCGUUCCGGCGCCACCGCCGGCAACCACGGCCCCCGUGGUGACCCCAACACCUGCGUCCGAGACGACACCGGCCCCUGCACCCUCGACACCAACACCGACAACACCGACGACGCCAACACCGACUACGCCAACACCGACGACACCGACACCAACGACAGAUGCACCGAAGACACCAACGACGGAUGCACCCACGUACCCGACCCGCGAAUCGGACAGCGACGACGACGAUUACCCGUGCGAAAUUGACGAGGACAACAUUGCUACGAUGCCGCCGCGCACGACGCCACCGCCGCCGACGGAAGCGAAGGCUGAGAACGUGACCACGCCGGCGCCCGCGGCCGUCAACUUGGCGGCGCAGAUGCAAUCGACUUCCGCAGUCGAGUCGCCACCGACGCUGCUUUCACCGGGUGGCACCGUCGCGAUCGCUCUCGCCGUGAUUGCGCUCGUCGCGCUCGUCGUCUUCUCUGUUUUUAGCGUGCGUCGGCAUCGCAAGCGCUUUGGUGACCGCGAUGACCAAGUCGUGGCGCUCGAUUCGACGGGCAUUGCUGUAUUGCUGUCGACACCGGCUGCCAAACUCUAAGCGGCGUCGACGGUCGACCAUAUUCCUUUCCGGCAUACAAGGACAUGGUAACAACAGACGCAGUUGCUCUUUCACGAUAGUAUGUGUGUACGAGAUGUAUCACAAAUAUUUCUUUCAAAUAUCUUUGUCGGCGGUGACGAAUCUCUCGUUCGCGUUUAAACA